CCCCCCGCGAUGGCGGCGUUCGCGCGGCGCAAGGCGCAGUGGCUGGCGCGGCCCGACCCCAGCCGGAAGCGCGCGCUGGACGCGCGGGCCGCGGAGCUCGUGCGGCUCCUGAACGCGCGCGAGCGCUUCUGCAGCGCCAGCUCGUGUACCGGCACGGUGAUGGUGACGGACACUGACGGCACGGGGAUCCAGAAGAAGAACUGCACGUGGCUCCUGGUAACACAUGACCCAUGUGUCAAAGGCGAUGUGAUGGCAGCACUCAAGAAAGCCACUGGUGAUGUUGUAUUCAAGUUUGAGCCAUUUGUUCUUCACGUGCUGUGUCGGGGGCUGCAGGAUGCACAGCUGCUGCAUUCAGUGGCUAUUAACUCUGGGUUCAGAAACUCUGGUAUUACAGUUGGCAGAGGAGGAAAAAUUACAAUGGCUGUGCGGAGCACUCACUGCUUAGAAGUUCCAUUGAGCCACAAAGGGAGACUGAUGGUCUCCGAAGAAUAUAUUGAAUUUCUGGUACAUGUAGCCAAUCAGAAAAUGGAAGAAAACAUAAGGAGGAUUGACAGAUUCCACAAAGGCUUGGAGCGGGCUCUGGAAACUGCAGACACCUUGUUUCCCGAGGGGCCAGAGAAGAGCCACUCUGUGUACGUGCGCAGAAGAAAGAGACAGACUGCUCAGGAACAGGCUGAGCCCAGCAGAGAGCUGGAACCCCAUGAUGAUACUGAAAGCAGUCUUGGUCUGUUCGCUGAAAUCAUGAUAUAGACUAAGACAUUUGAAAGCAAAUGGCGAACUGAAAAAGUUAUUGUAAUGCUCUUUCUAAGAGAUCUAUAUAUUCCUGUGCUCCAAGUAGCAAUACUCUCAUGGACAUUGACCAGAAAAAAAGGUAAUUAAUAGUGAGCAGGUGUAGCUACAGGACACAGAGAACAAACUGUAUAAUGUUUUGGGAGUUUUUAAAGUAUACAGUUGAAUUAAAAAAGUGGUACUCCAUCAGUUAUCCCUGAAAUAACUGAUUUGCUGCA